AUCAGUUCAAUUCCAUUGCCACAGUGAGGCUCUCAUUGUCUCCAAUUCGGCGGCGAAGUGAAACCGGUCGACGAGAGCUGUAGGACGUAAAUCUAUGGCAGGCCAGGCUGCAAAGUCAGUUGCAAAGGCAAUUGGGGAGUACCAGUACCCAUGGCGCGAGAAGUUGGUAAAAUACAAGAGUGAGCUAUCCAAGGGUGUUUGGGGUUAUUGGCAUCUAGGGGCUUGGAAGGCGUCUGAAAUUAGUGCUCGUCAUCGAGCUAGACUUCGGAAGGAAGUCCUCCUUGCAGGACAGGAUUGGCCAUAUGAUCCAGAGAGGAAAGAGAUGAGGACAAAGAGGAAGGGGCACAAAGUUGACAGGAUAGCUGCUGAGAAACGGGAGAACACUGCCAGGUUGAUGGAGAAGAUGCCUGACCUGUUGCUUCAGUACAAGAAGCGCAGAUGGGAGAAGAAGAUGAAGGAAGAAGACAAGGCCAAGCCCUGAUCUCGUGUCAAAUUUUGCACUCUGUUGGAAGUACAUGCUGGUAAUAACUACAUCAAGAUAUGUUUGAAUCAUCAGAGAACAUACCGAUCAGAAGACAUACAAUUUAGCAGCUUUCUUCCUUUGUACUUUUAAGCAGAACAUGUACUCCUUGUUGCUGUCAAUUUAAGCUCCAACCCCCUAAUUGUGUUCAUGCCAGCAUUGCUUUAUCGUUGAGAACCUCACACACUGCAAUCAGUGUCAACUGUUGUGAAUGCGCCAACAAGCUUUCACUAUUUGAACAAUUUGUGUGCGAGUUUUACAAGUUAUGUCAUGAUCCCUGAUUUCUCAGACAAGUAU